UGUGCGUUUGCUGCGCAAAUAAUAGAAAAAAAUGUUGUUUUUGCUCGUUUUUCCGUGAAUAAAAAUCCAUUCAUUAAUGUGCCAUGUCCGAGUCCGAUUCUCCGCGAAGUAUUCUUGCCCGGUUGGAACAGUUGAAACAAUGGCAGGAGGAGCAGCAGCGCGUUCUGAUGCAGAAACAAAUCGCCCAGCGGGAAUUGCUCAGCCAGGAGCAGCAGAAAAUGUACGCCAUUCUGGGGCUGGAUCACAGUAGUUCCGGAACGGCCCCGAUAGUGUUUCACGAGGAAUCCGAUAGUGACGAUCCAGAGUACGAGGAGACAAAUAUGCAAAGACAGUUGGUCGCGGAACAGAGGAAAAAAGUUAUCGAAUUGAAGGACAGUGACGACGAGGACGAAGAGCGAAAGAUGUACAGAAAACGAUCGUCGCCGUGGGAAGAAGCGGCGGAGGGAAAGAAAGUCCCGACGAAACCCUUCCUCAAGCGGGGCGAAGGGUUGAAAGCUAGGUUUAAAGUUGAUCCCAAUGUUUUUAAGCUUGACAAUCUUCCCAAGUAUAAGUAUGCUAAUCUCGCAAAAUCUAGAGCGCAAAGUGCGAAGAAACAGAAGCAAUCCGAAGAACCGGAAAAGGUGGACAGGACAGACGACCGGCGAAGGUCGGAAGAACCGAAGCCGAGUCGAAAGCCAACCAAGCGUGAAGAGUCUCCUCCGCUGAAAGUGGCUCUGGAUAUUAACAAAGUUCAAGAUAAGAAGUUGAUUGUGGAACCGGUAUUUCUGAACCCCCACCGGACGGGAUGCCCGGAGGAGGUACAAGAGGAUGCGGUGACAGACAGUGAAGAAAGUUUACUGCCCAGUUUGGAAGCAUUGAAGCUUAGACAAGCUGUAGCGGAACAGCAGCAAAGCGCUCCCACCCACCCGCAAGUCCUACCGAAUCUCCCAUGGAAGCAACAGCUGCAAAACGACCCAUCACUUCUCCGCCAGCUGAAGGAGCUGAAAGACCUGAAUCUGUUUGAACUGCUCGAGCAACGGUUAGCGUCCGGCAAUACCAGCCUCGCCUCCGAUGCCAGUACCCUGCUGAAACUGCUGGCAGAAAACAGUGUAGACGUAUCCGGAAUCUUAGGGCUUUCUGAUUCCACGAUCGUCCCAACAUUCGCUGCGCCGAAAAACCCGGAGGAACCUUUAGUCGAACCGGAAGAGGUCUCUUCAUGCUUGCAAAUCCACCCUGUUCCGGAUCCCAAACGGCACUUUCUCAAAGAUGAUGAUUACUCGAGUGGCUCGAGUAGUUCGAGUGGUUCCUCGGAUAGUGAAUCAGACGAUGAUGAAGGUAAAAUACAUGUUCACUUUGCGGACGACCCGGACAGGUCACAUGAGAUCGACACGGACGUGGAAUCGCAACUCGAAACGGUGAACUUCAGUCGGAUGUCUACACCAAAGGAUAAACCGAAAGAUCGUAGGUCAGCAGACGCGGAGGACGAACCAACGGUAACCGAAAAAGGUGACCAAGAGCAGAAACGAAUCAGGGAAGAUAUUCUGGAGAAGAGUGAGCUGCUUAAGCAACGGUUGACCGAAUUGGAGACUGAAAUUGAGAGCUUCCGUAAGGAAAAUUCCGAAUUGAUGCGAAUGAAGCAGGAACACGAGCUGGAGAAGAUCAAGCUAGAGCAAGAUCGCGAGGAAAUGAUGGAGAAACUGAAUGAUGAGCGUAUCAAGAUGGAGGUUUACUUUCACGACGAGCGGAUAAAGAUCGACGAUGAGAGGCAGAAGGCGCUGAAAGAAGCUUUGAAGCCGACGAAGAAAGAGAAGGAGGAGAUCCUAAGACUGAAGGAACAGAUAGCCGACAUGCAGAAAGAAUCGAAAGCCAAGGAAACUAAGCAUGCUUCUUCGUUGGCACGAUUUAGAUCUCAAAUCAAAAAUCUGGAGAAAGAUCUCAGGGAAACCCAGCUGGAACUGGAAGUUAUCAAAAAAGAUAAUAAGAAACUAGAAACUGAGAAUGCGCGUCUCAAGCGACAAAACAACAAUCGUAUGCUGUUGGAAAUCAACAAGAAUUUGGCCAAGCUGGCUGCUCCAUCAGCGGAACCAUCUAGUGAAUCCCGAAGGAACUCAUCGCCGGAAAAGCCGCGGAAAAAUACCUGCUUUGCCAAAAUUAAGCCUAUUGAGGUUUUGGAGAAAAAUAUAGCUGGAAAAGUGGCCAAAGUUAAUGUGAUAAGCCAUCCGCGAGGAAGAACGGAGAGUAGAAGGUCGAAGCUUUCCAGUAGUGAAAGUGAGACGGACUCUGAACCUGCGGUAUUGGAGAAUUCGUCGAGUUCGAGUGAGGAUACCAGUUCUGGAAAAGCAGAACGAUCGCGGUCGUCGUAUUUCCAGGGUAAGGCGAAGAAGGGUCUGUUCCAAGCUGAGACCAACGAUCAAAAUCAACUAGGGACAGACAAGAGUCCAAAAACUGCCGAACUCAUCAACAGUCUCAAGCGGGAAACGGUCAACGAGGAUGGAAGUAGAGACAUAUGGUACCCUAACGGAAAUUUGAAAAAGAUUUCACCGGAUGGGCUCGUGAUACGGAUGUUGUACUUCAACAAGGACAUCAAGGAGACAAACAUGAGCGAAGGAACGACCAAGUACUAUUAUUACGAAACAAAUACCUGGCACACGACCUAUCUGGACGGAUUGGAGAUACUGGAAUUUCCUGAUGGUCAAACGGAACAUCGCUUCAAGGACGGCUCAACUGAGGUGCAUUUUCCGAACGGGUCGAUCCGCACGACAAAUCCGAAUAGUGUGGACAUUGCUGAAGAGUGGAAGUAUCCCGAUGGGUCGACGGUGAUCAUCAAGAAGAACGAUGACAAGGUGAUCAACCUUCCGAACGGGCAGGUGGAGAUCCACACGAAGGUGCAUAAGCGACGCAUCUAUCCGGACGGUACGAUCAAGUUUCUGUAUCCGGACGGGAGCCAGGAAAGUCGGUAUUCGAAUGGACGCGUCCGACUGAAAGACAAGGAUGGGAAGCUCGUUUCCGACACGGGAGGAACGGGUUGAAUCGGACAGCAGUACAAGUAAGUGGCAAGAUGAUUGUUGUAGAUUGU